CUCCGGCUCCGUUCUCUCCGCCCACUGGCUCCGCGCACUCCGCUCCUUUCUUGCGUCGCUGCUACGCAUGCGCGCUGGAAGGCGGUUCGAGCUUUCGGGGGACGGGCAGGGGGCGGGUCUUAGGCCGGGGUUUCACGGCGGCUGCGCGGACGGGUUCCCGGCUGGAACAUGGCGACUUGCGCCGAGAUCCUGCGGAGCGAAUUCCCCGAGAUUGACGGACAGGUCUUCGACUACGUGACCGGCGUCUUGCACAGCGGCAGCGCGGACUUCGAGUCUGUGGAUGACCUGGUGGAAGCUGUGGGGGAACUACUGCAAGAGGUGUCCGGGGACAGCAAGGAUGACGCGGGCAUCAGGGCCGUGUGCCAGCGCAUGUACAACACUCUGCGCCUGGCCGAGCCACAGAGCCAGGGAAAUAGCCAGGUGCUACUGGACGCCCCCAUCCAGUUGUCAAAGAUAACAGAGAACUACGACUGUGAAACCAAACUUCCAGGACUGCUAAAGAGGGAACAGUCCUCGACAGUGAAUGCCAAGAAGCUUGAGAAGGCUGAGGCUCGACUGAAGGCAAAGCAGGAGAAGCGCUCAGAGAAGGACACACUCAAGACCAGCAACCCUCUAGUCUUGGAGGAGGCAUCAGCUAGCCAAGCAGGCAGCAGAAAGGAGAGUCGGUUGGAAUCAUCUGGAAAGAACAAAUCCUAUGAUGUGCGAAUUGAAAACUUUGAUGUCUCUUUUGGCGAUAGGGUACUGCUGGCUGGAGCGGAUGUGAACCUGGCGUGGGGCCGCCGUUAUGGGCUGGUGGGACGGAAUGGGCUGGGAAAGACAACACUGCUGAAGAUGCUGGCCACUCGGAGCCUGCGGGUUCCAGCCCACAUUUCCCUGCUGCAUGUAGAGCAGGAGGUUGCUGGAGAUGACACCCCUGCCCUUCAGAGUGUGCUGGAGAGUGACAGUGUGCGAGAGGGCCUGCUGCUACGGGAGCGGGAACUCAGUGCCCAGAUUGCUGCUGGCAGGGUGGAGGGCUCUGAAGCUGCACAGCUGGCAGAAAUCUAUGCCAAACUUGAGGAGAUUGAAGCUGACAAGGCACCUGCCAGGGCUUCAGUCAUACUUGCUGGGCUUGGCUUUACCUCUAAAAUGCAGCAGCAGCCCACUCGGGAAUUCUCAGGUGGCUGGAGGAUGAGGCUGGCCCUGGCCCGGGCUCUCUUUGCUAGACCAGAUCUUCUGCUAUUAGAUGAACCCACAAACAUGCUGGAUGUAAGGGCCAUCCUGUGGCUGGAGAAUUACCUGCAGGUGAGUGCCACAGACACUGGGGGUUGGGGAAAGUCUGCCUCCAAGAUACUGGGGGCCUGGGACCUGACUGCCUCCCCCAACUGGGCAUGCCAUCCUGUGACCCCCCAGACAUGGCCCUCCACAAUCCUAGUCGUCUCCCACGACCGCAACUUCCUGAAUGCCAUCGCCACAGACAUCAUCCACUUGCACAGCCAGCGGCUAGACGGUUACCGAGGAGACUUUGAAACCUUCAUCAAGAGCAAGCAGGAGCGGCUGCUCAACCAGCAACGUGAAUAUGAGGCACAGCAGCAGUAUCGCCAACACAUCCAGGUUUUCAUUGACCGGUUUCGCUACAACGCCAAUAGGGCCUCUCAAGUGCAGAGUAAACUCAAGAUGCUGGAGAAGCUACCAGAAUUGAAACCCGUGGACAAGGAAUCAGAAGUUGUGAUGAAGUUUCCUGAUGGGUUUGAGAAGUUCUCACCGCCAAUUCUGCAGUUAGAUGAGGUGGAUUUCUACUAUGAUCCUAAACAUGUCAUCUUCAGUCGUCUUUCCGUCUCUGCUGAUCUUGAGUCCCGCAUCUGUGUGGUUGGGGAGAACGGAGCAGGGAAGUCUACCAUGUUAAAGUUACUUAUGGGUGACCUGGCACCCAUUCGAGGCAUCAGACAUGCUCACAGGAAUCUGAAGAUUGGCUAUUUCAGCCAGCACCACGUAGAGCAACUGGACCUGAAUGUCAGUGCUGUGGAAUUGCUGGCACGCAAGUUUCCUGGGAGGCCCGAGGAGGAGUAUCGGCACCAGCUGGGCCGGUAUGGCAUCUCUGGAGAGCUGGCCAUGCGUCCUGUUGCCAGCUUGUCUGGAGGCCAAAAGAGCCGAGUGGCCUUUGCUCAGAUGACCAUGCCCUGCCCCAACUUCUACAUUCUGGAUGAGCCCACAAACCACCUGGACAUGGAGACGAUCGAGGCUCUGGGCCGUGCCCUCAACAGUUUCAGGGGGGGUGUGAUUCUGGUGUCCCACGACGAGCGCUUCAUCAGGCUGGUAUGCCGGGAGCUGUGGGUGUGCGAAGGAGGCAGCGUCACCCGGGUGGAAGGAGGCUUUGAUCAGUACCGUGCCCUCCUCCAGGAACAGUUCCGCCGCGAGGGCUUCCUCUAGGGCCACCAGGCUGAGGACUUGCCCAGGACAUGGACUGGUCUCUCAGACCCCUCGGCCACCCACUCCAGGCUGUGGACUUCCCCCCACUUGGAGACAGCCUUAUUCCCAAAUGUCUCUCUUCUUUCGACUGGAGCCUCCUCUGCACAACCUGGGGAUACCCGUCCAAGGACCUGUGUGGACUGGUCUCCCAGGGAAUGAGUCGGGGAUACCCUCUGGGGUUACAGAUGCCCCCACUGCCCCAGCUCUGACUGGGCCCCAAGUGGCUGCUAUGUAAAUUAAAUCUCCCCUGCCUCCUCUCUGCUGCUUCCUGGACAUGACCACAGUGGUGCUUACUGUUGAGGGGUAUGGGCUCUCUGAUUGGCAGUUUCCUGUGACACUUGUAUUGCAUAAGGGACACAGUGGCAGCACCAGCCUUGCCCCAGGGAGAGACAUCAUCAAGGCCAUGGGACAUGGGGGUCAUCUGCCUGACCCUGGGGUGGGCUGAGCCGAUGGAACGAAGGGCAUUGUAUUGGCAUCACUGUGGUGUGGUUACCCCUCACCUGGGCUCAGCCCCACUGAAGGAGUCUUAGGCUUUGCUGUCUCAGCCCCCACUGCCUCAAACAUGGCCAACUGCUUUCUCCAGUGGUUUCUGUCUCCAUCUUGCCCUGCUUCUCUGAUCUGGACCCGCAGAGCUGAAGAGAAACCAUCUUUGUCCUUAGUUUGCUUGGGUGAUUUCAUGUUUGUUGUUUUUCCUCAAACCAUGUAGGAGGGGCCUGAAAAGUGGGGAAUUUAGGACAGGAUCCAUCAGGAAGAAAUAGAACAGUUUGUUUUAAGCAAUCUUUAAGAGGAGAGAGAAGUUUAACAGAGGUAGUAUGAUUAUAAAUAUUAUUUCUGAAAGAUGUAAUUGUUACUUAGAAGACAUUAAAUGGAGACCUUGGAGCUGGGA